AUGGCAGCCACAUUUCUCGAAUAUCUCACGCAACCCAACCCCCAACCAAUCGUACACACCAAAGAAGGCUCCAGCACCAGGACGGGAACUAAUUAUGGUCCUGAUAGAUGUGUCAAAUGGGAAGACUUUACGUGGGAGAACCUGAGAGCGACCCUUGGGAAUGUCCUGAGGCAACCGAUGCCCGAGCCCCGGAUUGCCGAUGCGAGCGAGGUCCCUCCGGAGAAGAGGGAUAUAUUCCGAGAAGACUCGGUGACGCAACUGGCUGUCGCAUGGAAUGAGCCCGUCCUGCGCCACGCAUUUGGAGGCACACACGCUGCCCUGUGCAGAAAAAAGCCGGCAAAUUCUUUUCGACAGGGCAAAAUUCAUUUCGCGGCGAAUACAGGGCGGGGCAACACGAAAAACCAUAAAGGUGAAGAGCAGGAGCCGGACUGGUGUGUUUAUCAAGAAGUGCCCGGGUUCUACCCCUUCUACCCAAAUAUUGUUCCUGGAGACUCCAAAUCUUCCAAGAAGUGGAAAUCAGAAUGGGUCAACUCCAAAAAGCCGAUGCUAAGGAAAAGGGCACAACAUGUCAUGACACAGAUAACCAAGUACAUGUGGGAAUCAAGGACGAGGUAUGGUUUCAUCAUCAGCGAAGAGGAGCUUGUCCUCGUACGGCUUUCUGUAUUCGUGAGAGAGCAGGUGGCAGGCGCUGGAGUGGAGAACUUGAAUAGAUCUUUCGAGAACUUCGAUGACGAGCAAAGAGUGGGGAGCAGCGACGAUGACGCAGACCAGAUAUCUAACCCGCCAUCUAACGCGUCCUUCGCUGAAAGCAGCCGCAAAACCGGACUGCAGGUCGAGUACACCGUUGUCCCGUGGAAGGCGAGUGGCACAGAUAUUCUUACAAUGAAUCUCGCACUUUGGUGGCUUCCUGUACUCGCCGUGCAGGGACAUAUCAUUAAAAAGUCAGGCACCUACACAUCCCUUGGGAAACACACUCGAGGAGGAAGUCCCGUGUUGCAACUGGACCAGGCUGAGCUUGAUAUGUUCGACAAGGUAUACGGCGAAACCUCACAUCUCCGAAAGCGCAAGGCAGCGGAGGAUAGGGAUGAAGAUCAGCUCGGAAUUGACUCUUGCGCCUCUGAUCCCUCCUCGGACACCGACGAGCCGGGUCCAGCAAUACACCACAGCUAUAAGAGAAGAAGCACCCGUGCAUUCAGUGAGCUCACGAUAUCCGACCCGGGGUGCGCAUCGGCAAUCCAAGCGGAGACGGAGACGGUCCAAAUCUAA